AUGGAUCGCACGAAGGACAAUGAGUUCCCAUCGAGCUCGAUCUUACACGCGAAUAAACGACUUUUGGAGCUGGACCUCGAUUAUUUGGAAAGAAGAGGCGGAAACACUAUCACUUACGAGGGCGCCGAGGGGAGCUCGAAGGAGGAGGACAGCCCCGCGGACACAUUAGAUCGCGUUAAGGUCAUCUUCCUGGGUGCACCCGGCGUGGGAAAGACGAGUAUAAUCCGACAAUUCGUCUGGAGCGAAUUCUCCGAGGAGUACAGACCGACCGAGAGGCGGGAGACGUUCUACCCGAGCGUGGUGCUGGCCGAUCGAUUGUACGAACUGAAGAUCACCGAUCUGCCCACCAUCCCUUACUUCCCGGUCAGCUCGCACCUGGAAUGGACGGACUUCCGUUAUUACGGGCUGCGGAGCGCGACAGCGUACGUGCUCGUGUUUGAUCUCAGUAAUCAGGACACAUUUCAGUACAUCAGAACGUUACGCGAGCAAAUCUACGAGGCGCGCGAUAUGAGAGGCGUACCCCUGCUGGUGGUCGGGAACAAGCAGGACGAACUGUCGCAGGCCGUCGCCUCCGGGACCAGGUACAGGGACAUCGUAAACCUCGUCCGGAAGCACUGGAGAUGCGGUUACGUCGAGUGCAGCGCCAGAUUUAACUGUCGCGUGGUGCAGGUAUUUCGGGAGCUGAUGAAGAGCAUACAGUCCAUAGAGGGUAGGCCGAACUCGCCGUCACCCGCGGCCAUGCAACCGACGCGUUCCCACCAGCAGGACACUAACGAGAGAUGCAUUCUUCUCUGA